GCAAAAACAACAGAAACGCGCUUGUCAGCUGUCGCACCCGAGCUUUCAGCUGGCUAAAAGCUUUGUGCGCGAUUGCCAUGGAAGAGCUUUCGGAAGCAAUCAAACGCUGACUUAAUUCUGCUCUUGAUUGCCUCCGUGUGCAAAUGAAUCAAAUUGGCAACAGCAAUUGACUUCUCGAAUCGGUGCAGUGCUCCAUUGGGUUCCGGCAUGCAAGUGCCCAUCUCCGGCAGGCAGGGAAAACUGUGAAUACCUCGAGGAACACCUAUCAGCGCCCACGCAGCAAUGUCAACAGAGAGCAACACGCCCGUGGAUCCGAGGGUGCAGGUCGAGCUGGAGAAGCUGAACUCGGCAACGGACAACAUCAAUCGGUACGAGGUGGAGCUCGACGAGGCCAAGUGCGAGUUCAAGCGCCUGCUGGCGGAGAGCGUGGUGCGGAUCAAGGCCUCCGCCCACAAGCUGGGAAACUCCAUCGACGCCGCCAAGCCCUACUACGAGUCCCGCAUCUACGCCGCCCAGCUGGCUAAGGAGACGCAGCAGGCUGCCGCUAACCACGAGAAGGCCAAGUCCAUCCAUGCUGCUGCCAAGGAGAUGGUCUACCUGGCCGAGCAGGGCCUGGGCGAGAAGGCCACGCUGGACACCGCCUGCCAGGAGAUGCUCAGCCACGCAGCCAGCAAAGUGAACCAGUCCCAGCUGGAGGUCACUGACACCCGGAACACCCUCAAGAUGUGUCAGCUGAAGCUGGAGGUGGCCAACAACAGGGUCGGCAAGCUGCAAGGCCAACUGAAGCAGGCCCUGCGCGCCUCCAGAUUGCAGCUCAAGAGCAGUUUACUAUUAUUGAGAUAUUUUAGCAUAAUGCACGCUUUGUAUUGUACACUAUGUUCGCCCUACUACGAGACACGAGCGAACUACAACGGACUCCUGAAGGCACAGAAGACGCGUAUCAACGAGCUGGAGGCGAAGGUCAGUGCGGCGAAGCUCACCUACAACGAGGCGCUGAAGAACCUCGAGCAGAUCUCCGAGGACAUCCACCGGCAGCGCCAGCAGCGGAACAACCUGCUCAACUACGAAGCCAUGCUCCGGCAGGUCGACGCCGUCGACGCACUGACAACGUGCCUCAAGCCUGAUUCGGAUGUGUCCGCUUUGGCACGGGACGGGGAGGUGGAGCCGGAGGAGGAGGAAGAAUACCUGCGCAUGCCGGAGCGCCUGGGCGGCAGUGCGGCCACUUCGCCCCGCCAGUCGCGCUCCGAUCCGCACGACUGUCCACACUUGCUGUCGGACUUCGAUGCGGUGCUCACCUUUCCGCAGAAGUUGGCGGGCGGGAUGCAUAAGUCAGCCAGUACCAGUGCAACGGACCGGGAGUCCGGGUUGUUCUCGGCCCAUGCCCAGGGACUGCACGCCGCCUACGAGGUCAAGCUGGGCUCCCAGGCUGACAGUGGUUCCCUAGAAUCUGCCUCUGUCUCUGCCUCCGGCUCGGUGUCUGGCGCGGCAGCCCCGGUGGACAACGACAUCGAGCAGUGGACGGAGAUCCGAUUGUCCCACUCGGACAGCACCAGCUCCAGCUACUCGAACCAGUCGCUGUUGGACCAGCAUGGCCUGGACUGUGCGACAGGCGGCGGGCUCGGCAGUUUCGGGCAAGGCCGGAGUCACUUUGACGCGGACAGCCAGUCGCAGCACUCAACCUCCUCGUCGGACGAGCCCAAGCGCAAGGUGACGUGCACCACGAUAUUCCAGGAUGACAACGGUGGCAUCGGCGGCUCCGGUGGCCAACAGAUGAGCCGGAAGGCGAGCCUGAGCCAGUGGCUGUCCCGCUCCAACAGCUUCAAGAGCGGCGGUCGGCGUCAGAGUCUGGAUCUGCUGAUCGACGCCGGUGAUAAGGUGAAGGACGUGUUUAGCUAUGGAUUCCAGAAGGUGGGACGCACCCUGGAGCGGCGGAACAGCGAGUCGGAGGUGGCCGGCGAGGGCGGCGCAGAGGGUGAAGCUCUGCUAGGCGGCGGCACUGUGGCUGCCAUGACGCUAUCCAGUGGCAGUGGUGGAACUACCGGCGGAGGCGGUCCUCCUGGAGGCGGAGGAGGAGCCAGCAGCUCCAGCGGCGGUGACUUUUUCCUCUUCAGCAGAUCGUCAGAACCCAAAGAACUGUUGUCCGAUGAGCAGGUCGAGAACUUACUGUUAAAUCACACUGUGGACGAAAACGGUGUCAUUAUAGUGGAGGAACUCAAGUCGCCAACGACCAUAACUACACACCAAUUCCAGCAAUAUUCCAGCAAAGACAAGCAACAUCCACAGAAGCAGCAACAUCAGAAAAACCAGCAGCAACAGAAGGCGCUAAACGUGGGAGGGGCUCUGCUGUUUUAACCCUAACGUUUAAUCCAUCUGGACACUGGCCCACUAGGAAGAGGCCUCCUUCACACCCACACCCUACACUUACACGUUCACCUACAGCUACACCACAAACAUAGCAAUAUUUUACUCUAUGAGUACUCUUGCGAAAAGCACCUAGUCGGAAGCGUAGCGUACAUAUCAUUGGAAACAUCAACCCCAGACCCAGACGUCGUGGGGAACUAUUAAUUGUUAAGCAGCGGGAGCUGUUAUAACUUAUAUGUGCAAUAAUUUAGUUUUUUUAGAGGCUUACAAGCGACUUGCAUAACUUUAUGCUGUUGACAAACAUAAUUAAAAGCUAGUCAUGAAACGAAAAUCAGUAGACUUAGUGUGUUAGUUAAACAUUCAAUGAGACCCACAAAUACUUCAGAUUGUACAAAAAAUAAUGUUAAUGUGGCGUGCGCAGGAAUCAAGUAUGCAGACGGGACACUUGGGAUCCUAUCUUAAUCGCAAUUGUUAAGGAAUUUUACAAAUUAAAGUACUUUAUCCAUUGUCCUCGUAACCCUCAACAACUCUUGUGCGUAUGUCACAAAAUGUUAAAUAUAAAAUAUUAAUACUAAUACCUGCAUACAAUUACAUGAAUAGUAUUUAAUAA